AUGAGGCUCGUGCUUAUUGCGCAACUCAAGCUCGUGAACCCCAAGCUCACGACGUGGAAGCAGGCUCAGCUCGCAUUUCCGCGCCACAGCGCUGAAGAAUGCCGACAGAAGUGGCACUCCGAGUUCACCUCCAACAAGAAGGGGCCAUGGACGCUCGAAGAAGACGAGAAACUUCGCCACGCCAUGCGCCUCGCGAUUAAGUGGACCACGGUCGCCGCCAUUGUCGAGACGCGCUC